AGAGAGAGAGAAAAAAGAGUGGACCUAAAGUUUAAGAACUAAAUACUAAUACUGGUUUUGUCUGUAUUCUUAAGGAGGAACGAAUGUUGGAAGCUUAGGAAGCAAAAAAGCUAAAACGCAUGGUUGAAAAUGGCGGCCAACGUUUCUUCUUCCUCAACUCUAAAACCCCAUUUACUUCAACACAGAGAGUGAAAGAGCCUUAAAGGUUUAAACUUUAAGCCAAGUAAGUUGUUUUUGAGUGAUAAAGAAGUGAGCUUUGUUUAGCUCACUUGGGUUGUAAUUAAGGGUAGUUAGUGUUUUUUUCUUUUCUUUCUUUCACUUUUUGAGCUUUUGGAGUUUUGGGGUUUGAUUGAAUAGUGAGAAAGUUGUGAACUUUAAUUUUGUUUGGUGGGUUUGAUUUAAUGGGGACAAGAAUUGGAUUUGUGGCUUCAGAGAAGGGAGCAGAAAAAGAAUGUGAUGUUGGGUUGGGUUUGAGGAUGCAAACAAAUGACACUAAAUCAUUUAGUAGUCGUAGGAAGAUGAUGAUGAUGAUGACCACCACUACUACCAUACCCCAUCACCAUACUCAUCAAAAUCAUCAUAACCAUAAUAGUAAUGAAGAUGAAGAUGGUGGUGAUGAUGAUAUUGUUGUUGAUGAUGAAUCUUCUCUUUACAACAAUAGAGCUUUUGUUGAAGAAAGUUGUAACCUUGGUAGUGGUGGUGGUGGUGGUGGUACUGGUGGCUCUGCCUCUGGUUGUGGUGGUGGUGGUGGUGAAAAUGACAGUACUACUGGACCCAAGUUGUUUUGCAACACAAGCAACCAAGUUGUUUCAAUGGCUAAUAUAUACAACAACAUAGUUGGUCUUGGUUCUUCAGAUUCUCUCCCCAAAACUCUGCUCAUUCCUAACUCUGAAUCCUUCUACAACAACCCUUCUUCUGGAGGAGGAAUAAUGGUGCAUGGAAAUAUGAGAUUUCCAUUCACAGCUGAUCAAAGACAAGAACUUGAAAGACAAACCAUGAUUUUCAAGUACAUGAUGGCCUCUAUUCCUAUUCCACAUCAAUUACUCCCUUCCUCUUCACCCAAGACCAUUCCACCAUCAAAUUUUGCUUAUUUCCACUCAUCAAAUCGUGGUUUAGAGCUUGGUAUGUCAAAUAAUAACUCGGAUCAAGAACCAUGGAGAUGUAGAAGAACAGAUGGUAAGAAAUGGAGGUGUUCAAGAAAUGUUAUACCAGAUCAAAAAUACUGUGAAAGACACUCUCACAAAAGUCGUCCUCGUUCAAGAAAGCAUGUGGAACUUCAAUCCCACUUCCUUAACAACAACAACAACAACACUAAAAAUCCAUAUUCAAAGCCUGAAUCUUUAGACCAACAGAGAAAAACCCACCAACACCAGCACCAGUCUCAUGACAACCAACCAAGGAGUGUGGAGUGGUUCAUGAAUUCAAAUCAAGAAUGGCAGCAUAUGAUUCACCAACAACAACAGACCAAACAAGGCCUAAAUGACCAAUUCAGCUUAUUGCUUGAUUCAUCUUCUACUGAUAAUCAGUCAAGUAAAACAAGGCAUUUCAUUGAUGCUUGGUCAAUUGCAGAUGAGAGAGAUCAAUUGAGAUUUUCCAACUCUUCAUCAUCAUCAUCUUCAUCAUCAUCAUCACUUGCUCUAUCAAUUCAUAAUAGUAACAACAAUAAUGAAGUUGUAGUGAGCCAAAAUGCCCAAAUGAGUUAUAAUCCUAUUUUGGGUUCAGGAAUGAUGAUGAUCAACAACAACAACAACAACAACAACAACCAAGUUUCAUGGAGUGGUUCAGUACCACAUGGUGGACCUUUAGCUGAAGCCUUAUGCCUUGGAAUGCCUCAUCAAAACUCCUCAAAAUGAUUCAACUUUUCCUUUUUUUUUUUAAUCUUAAUCAAAAUCCCAAUGUUGAUCUGUUCUUUGCAGUUUGUUUGCUUUUGUAUUUUCAUUCCUUUUUUUAAGCUUAAUUAUCUAAAGAAAUAAUGUUACUCAUGAUGAUGAUACAUAGUGCUUUGCUUUGUUAGUUUAAAAUGUCUCAAAUAUAUUCCCAAAAA